AUGGCUUUGGGGGAUUAUUCGUUUGGAGCCAAUUUCUUGGACAGUUUGAAGGAAAAUCGAAUAAAUGAAGCUCAUAUUAAUGUAAGUUCUUUGAAAUUUGGAUUGGUUUUGUCUUUUAGUUCUUCUUAAGCUUUUUACAAGCUAUUUUAAGUAAAAUGGUCAUUGUACGUUUCAAAUUUAGCUAAAUUCCAGAAGUUAUAGAAUUUGGUACCAAGUAUAAUAUGGAAAACCUCAUAACUUUUGUUUUAGGCCACCCUUUCUAAUAAAUUGAAUUUCAGAAGUUGAUGUUUAACAUACAGAAGCUUUGUGACAAGUGGAAGUUAUGUGACAAGCCGCUUGAGGAAGUAGAUGGCGGAUACUAUAUUCACUACGCUGAUUGGAGAGUAAGUUAUAUUCUUUUGUUUGUGUCUUGGUUUUUAGGUAAUGGAAAGCAAGAUGGUUGGGUUCUUAAAUUAGAUAGGAGUAUUGGGUAGAUUCAGAAAGUUAUUUUAGGUCUUUUGUAUUUUUUUGGGAAAAGUUAUAAACGAUUAUAUUAUUGUAGGUAUAGAUGUUGAUGUCAGCUGAAGUUUACGUAAAUUUUGAGAAGGUAAAUUAAAAUACCAUGGUUUUUAUAGUUAGUUUAGGGUAGAAGGAAAACAUAAAAAAUUGUUUAUAGCUUGCGGUUUUGUGGUGAACAGAAUUAUGAAGCAUUAUAUUAUAAUAGGUACAGAAAUAGAUGCCAGUUCACUUUUCAUUAUAUUUUGGUCAUUUAAAUGAAUAAAUUAAGGGUUCUAAAUUUAGCCUGUUGUAUAAUAAGGCUUAUAAAAGUUUUAGGGUUUCAUCGUUAUUUUAAAUAGAGUUAUGGCCGAUUAUCUUGUAGUAGGUAUAGACUUUUUGAUAUUUUUAUAUUAUCUUCAACAUUUUAUCAAGUUAAUAGGAGAUUUCAAAGCCUAUAGUUGUAUAACAUACUAAAAUAAGUUAUUUUAAGAAAAUUUACGAAAACAUGCCGAAAGUCUUCAAACAAACCUGUCCAAUAACCAUUAUUCCUUCGAUGGGAUGUUCAACUCACGAAAUCCGACGACUUUUGACCGAACAUUGCCAAUUAUACAACGGGAUUGAGAGUUUGGGCUUUCGAAACGGUGACAAAUACGAAGGAAAGUUCGACAUUGAUGAGUUAAUGGCAUUCAUUGAAAAAGAAUACGUGAAAAAGAUGCCGCAAUACGAUCAAGCAGUUGAGGAGAGCGCGGUAAGACAUGGUUAAUAUAAUUCUUAAAGUUUAUAGUGGUUUUUUGAUGUUAUUAGGAUAGAAAGGGUUUGAUCAUGACUAUAUAGGGUUGUUUUUGUUAAAAUAUAGAUUUUAGGUAACAAAGCGUUUAUUGAUAUAUGCUUAGUGUAAUAUAAGUCAUGGUUAAUAUAAAUUUUAAGGAUCUUUUUGAUGUUAUUAGACUAUAAAUGGUUUAAGCACGACUAUAUAGGUUUAUUGUUGUCAAAAUGUAGAUUUUAGGUAACAAAAAUAUUUUUUAAGCUAUAUCUAGUGUAAUAUAAGUCAUGGUUAAUAUAAUUUUUGGUAGUUUAAAGUGGUUUUAUGGAAAAUAUAGGUAUAAUAGGGCAUGUAAGAGAUACUCUUUUUCAAAAUUUAAAAUUUUAGAUAACAACUUUUUUCGAUUUUUCUUAAAUUUAGGUAUGUCAAGGGUAAUAUAAGGUCUCCCUAAGUUAAUGUAAGGUAAAAUACGACGCACCAAGCAGUUUUUUAUUAAAAUUCCAGAACUUGAUGCCAGAAUACAUGCGGAUGCUGAAGACAUAUCUCGGCUUUCUAUUACCAUCAUCCUCCAACAUUACUGUAGCUAACGUAGUAGAAACCGGUGUACUGAGUGCGUUGGCAAACUCCCAAACAUCACCAAAUUGGGAAAUGGAACGAUACGAUUGGACGUCAAUUGGCCAGAUCGUCCAUUUACGUCUAUAUUUCGACUUUUUGUCGAGAGGAAACAGCUUGAUCAGCAAGGAGAAUUUCAAGAUUUGCAGGCAUUAUAGAGUAAGAUUUAGUGGUUUUGAGGGGUGGUUUUGCUCUAAAAUGGCGUUUCUUAAAAUUGAUUUUUUUUUUAAAUUAAAAAAAAUUUUAUUAGGUUGUUCAAAAAGUUCUGAGCUUUCUUGUGAUGGCUCAGUUUUUUGAACUACUUUUUUAUCUCACGGGGGGGGCAAGCUGCUUUUUUUUGAAGAAAAAAUUUCUUUGUUGCAAAAACCGACCGGUCGAUCUUGAAAAGUUAAAAUUUACAACACAAUCUAGUAGGCUCUCAGGAUUAAUAAAAUUUGAAUAUAGCAAAAGGAUUUUUUUGAAAUUUUAGGGGGCUGAGAAUUUUUUGAACAACCUGAUAUUCCACACCGGGGGGGUGUGUCAAGCUGGUUUUUUUUAAACAUUUUUUUUAUUUUUUUUUAAUUUUCAGGACUACCAAGGCGAUUCAAAGUACUUUUCCUUCGACUGGACCCAUCAGCGAACCUUUACCGACGCAUUUAUUGAUCGUUUGUUUGAAGUAAUGCAGGGCAAAGGGAUGAUAACUUCAGAGGGAAUGAAUUUCGACGCGUUUUUGAAGUUUCAAAUAAUGCUGGAUUAUAGAACGGUAAGGGACAAAGUUAUGCAAGGACUUUCUGACUGGUUUAUUGGUUUAAAAUUGUGUUUCUGUAAUUUUUUGAAAGAAAAAGGGCAAAAACUGGCUAUUUUUGGCUGUUUUGCUUAUUUUUCGCGUUUCGGCCUGAAUUUUAAUGUUUUUGAUUGAAAAGUGUAAUUAUAUUUAUGUAUAUAAUGUUGGUGAAUACGUUUUAAAUAUUGAAAAUGCAUUUUUUAACUAUUUCGGUUAAUGAAAGUGCAAAAAGUGUAUUUGCCGCCAGCAGGGGUCGAACCUGCGACCUUGGGCUUAUUAGACCCACGCUCUAACCGACUGAGCUAUGGCGGCACGUGUUUCCUCGCGCUUAUUUUUAGCCUAAAGUGGUUUACUUUAACCUAAAAUGACAUUUUUGAUGGCUUCAUAAGAUGUAAAAGUCGAUUUUUAUGUCAAAUUUCGAUUUUUUUUAAAAAAAGUAUAUUAAAAAUGGCAUAAAUCAAAUUUUCAGGCCAAAAAGACCCUACAAUUCUGCUUCGACAUCUUUGAUCGCUACGCCAAAGGCUACAUCGCGCCGUGCGAUAUCAAAUACUUCUUCAACAGUUAUAAAACUGCAUAUCCGAAUGAGGAGAUGCCAGAAGAUUUUCCAGUUUGCUUACCCAAAGACUUUGUUCACACCGAAAUAAUGAUGGCCAAAAUGGCAAGAGCAGGUGAUAAGUAGGUAUUAAUAUUUGUUUUUUAGAAAGUUAAGGCUUUUUUGGUGAUAAAAGGGCAGUCGAGAAUGAUUAGUUUGAUUUUUAAAGAUAGUUUUUGAUUUUAAGAGGAAAAUGAUUUUUUAUUCAUGGGACAUGUUUCGUCGUAUAACCAGGCUUGGACGUAGGGCGUUGCCCCCUGUGCCCGACCCGGCCCGGCCCUGGGGCCGGGCCAGGGCCCAUUUUUACGAUCAAUUACAGGGCCGGGCAGGGCCCAUGAUUCUAAUCGGGCAGGGCUUGCUUCGUGCCCGGUAAUGCCCUGUAAAUGCCCGGUAAUAAUUUUUUCAUAUAUAAAAAAAAAUUAAUUUAAAAUUGUUGAGUGUCUAGCAAGUAAUGUUACUUACCCCACUUCACUCCUGGACAUUUUAGCUCUUUCCGACCUCAUCCCUGAUCCUUUUAUCCCUACCCGACUUCAGCCCCCCCCCCCCUAUUUUAACCCUACCCAACCUCACCCUUGACCCUUUUAACCCUACCCGACCCUACCUUUGACCUUUGUAGCCCUGCCCGUUCCUACGCUACCAUAUUGUACUUAAUAUGCCACACCCUACCAUACAAUACCCUAACAUAUUAUAACAUGCCAUACCCUACCAUACAAUACCAUAUCCUACCAUACCAUAACAUACUACAUAUACCAUACUGUAUCAUAUCUUACCUUAUCCAAUCUUAUACGCACUACUGUGUACUACCCAUAGGUAGGGUAGAGUAGGUAAAUAAAGCAAGAUAAAUGGUAGAAUAUAGACAGGUAGAGUAUGGCAUGCUAUAUAUGUUAGGGCAUUCUAGGAUUUGAUAUGGUAGAUAGGUUAGCAUAUAGUAUGGUAGGGUAUUGCAGGGUCUGGUAUGAUAGAUAGGAUAAGUUAUGAUAUGAUAAUGUAAAGUAUUGUAAGGUUUGGUAUGUUUUGUUUGGUAAGAUGAGUAUGAUAUAGUAAGUAGCAUAGAGCAUGGUAUAGUACAGUAUGGAAUUUUAUGUAGGGUGGGUGUGGUAUAGUAGGGUAGGGUAAUAAAGUCAAGGGUAGGGUUUAGUAAAGCUAAACAGGUCAAAGGUAGACUUGGAUAAAGCUAAAGAGGUCAGAAGUAAGGUUGGGUAGGCCUAAAAAGGUCUGGGGUAAGGUCGGGAAGAGCUAAAAGGAUCACGGGUGAUGUCGGGUAGGGCUAAAAGGGUCAAGGGUGAGGUCGGGUAGGGCGAAAAGGGUCAGGGGUGAGGCCGGAUAGAUAUAAAGCAAUUUAUUUCACUUGUUAUUAGCUUUAUAAACUUAAUUUACAAAUGCCCUGUAAAACCCUGUAAAGCCCUGUAAAUCCCUUUUUCCGGGCCGGGCAGGGCCUGAAAACUAAAACCCUGUACAGGGCCCAAGCGGGCCCGGCCCCUGGGUCGCAAAUUGGGCCCUGCCCUACGUCCAAGCCUGCGUAUAACAUGUCACUUUCCCUCAAAAAUUCAUGAUUUAGGCACUCUAAAUGGUCAUGUAAAAGAAAUAUCGGUAAAAAUAGAUUUUAAAGCUAUACUGAUUACAAUUUUUUUUACUUUUCAAAUUUCACUGUUAUAGAAAAUUACAGUAACCUACCGUAUUUCAGCAUAACCUUUGAUGACAUUUGGGAAUGUGCAAAAUCCCACUCAUCCGGCAACUUUGUUGACUUGAUGAUUCAUCAGCUCGCCAGUCCCGAUGGCUACCUACUGAACGAACGACGUGUGGAUGGAAGCAGCAGUCAGGACCGUGCUGAUGAUACAGUAGCCCCGGAAGAGCCAGAAGCCGAAACUUCAAUUCCACCACCAACUGAAGAAUAUGACUUUUUGAUAGGCGAACCAAAGGCGUUGGACAUCAACGUUUCAACGUGA